AUUUGAGUUGAGCUUCAACGCGGCUAAAGAGUCAAUGAUGAACUUGACAACUUCAUCAAAUGGUAGCAAAGAGUCAGUUCAGGGUGUACUUCUUCUUGGCUUUAUAAUCAUUGACUUCGUAUUUGCAGCGAUCAUCAUGAUGGCAAACAGCUUUCUCUUUAUCACGAUUUACCGCGAUCCCUGUCGAUGUUUACGCACGCCCAACGUUUUUCUUAUUGCAAAUCUCUCCGUUGCCGAUUUUUUUAUGGGAUUUGUCAGCUUUCUGAGAGGUAUCGAACUUACCUAUAGCUACCAUGGCUGGGGAGAGCUUUUAAUCGUCAACAUCACUCAAUAUUUCAUUGGAGCUGUGUCGAUUCUCGCCGCAGUGUCGACGCUUUUGGCGAUGUCUUACGAUCGGUAUGUUGCAGUGAUUAAGCCGUUUGAAUAUCCACUGAAAGUGACGAACACAAAAGCGAAGAUCUUCAUCUUUGCGAUUUGGACAAGUGCGCUAGUUUUCUCCGUACUUCCAGUUUCGGAUGUAAGGAGAGAAAAGUUUUUGCUUGCCUAUUGUUACUCUCAUUUCGUGAUCCCAUCUUUCCUCUUAACAACAAUCUAUGUGAAAAUAUACAAGGCGAUUUCCCUACAAAGAGAAGAACUUAAAAAUGUGCGCGCUAGUCUAACAGCUGCAGGUAGAAGGCAGCAGUUAGAGAGAGAGAACAGAAUGGUCAUGGCAUUUAUAGCGAUCCUUUUGAUAUUUUAUUUGUCAUUUUUGCCCUACUUUAUCAACAUACAGAUUCUAUAUUUUUGCUCUUGCCGCACCUCUUACGCAUACAGAGUUUAUCAUUAUGUGGCAAACGAAUUUCUCUCCGUCAGCUCCAUAGUGGAUCCCUUCAUGUAUGCUUGGAGAAUUCCGAAGUUCAACCGCUCGCUUCGAAUGUGUUUUCGUCGCCGAAAUGUCAUCAGUGUGUUGCACACAACCAGUACUUUAAACCAAGGCAAAGCAUCAACUCAUUGACUUAAUCGUAUUUUUCCAACUGUUUUUCAUUAAAAUUCUUACACUCAUCUCUUCCGAGGAAAUCCAAUCAGGAACCUUAAGACAGCUUAAUUGCUAGUACAAAGAGCCUUCAAGUUUUAGGUCUAUUUUCUUUUUUAAUUCACACGCGAACGCAAAGAGAGUUUUUCAACAAGUAAACAAAUUAAACGGGAACUGUGAAAGAACUUUGGGGAAAUCGAGACUGCGAAAUUAGCGAAUUUGUUAUUAAAAUUCUGUCAUCCUCGGUAUCUGGUUUUUAUUUUUACCUUUUGCAUUUCGGUUUUUUGUUUACAAAUUUUGGCGAUGUAAAUUUUGGAAAAUUUAGUCUUCAACCUUUGAAUUCGAAAAAAAGAAAUGAAACAGCAAACGCUUCACUGACAGAGCCCAGACCUAUAAAGAAUGAUCUAUAAUAUAGCUCAGGGUGAGGUUAAAUUACCGAUGAAGCAAUCUACCACGCCAUAUAUUAAAUUUUUCGUUUUGACUGAGAUAAGAAAACCAUCAGCUACAGAACGGAAGCGGCAGUUUUUGCUAUCUUCUCUGUAAUCAGACUCAAUUACCAUCGUUUUUAUAGAAGGUGGUCUUUAUUAACUUAGCCACAUCACGCUAAAAUCUCUUUCUACUCAACUCGCAUGGUAACAUCACGCUAAAAAUCCCUUUCUACUCAACUCGCAUGGUAACAGCAAAACAUAAAAUUGAAAAAAAAAUGUUUGACGUCCGGUAAGUUAAGAAACUUCCGCGUUUUCAUAAAUUUUUUACGUGAUUAGCAAUGUGGUUCGAUUUUUUUGCCAUAUUUGGAGAGACAAU